AUGGCUGGAUCAGAUGAGAACUACCCGAGGGAUCAAAUGAGAACCAGAUCUGGGUUCCUUCAAGGAGGCUUACGAGCAGGGAAUGUGAUGUUCACACCGGGUAUUGGGCAAAAUUGGAGGGCAUUGAACACGAUAAAUCGGAACAUCGUCGGAGCUGCACCUUACCCAUGUGCCAUCAACAACAGAAGUGGCUUGCCAGAGUAA